AUGGAUGAUCGAUAUCGGAGUGUUGUGAAUUGGUCUGAUCUUCCCAACGAACUAUGGUCGAUGAUCGGCAAAUGCUUCAAGAGCAACAUCGAACUUCUCCGAUUUCGAUCCACCUGCAGCUUAUGGCGUCGUUCCUCUGUUCUUCCCUCUCGUACAGUUCCUUCUAGCUUCACUCCGAUAAUCGCCACCUCUUCUGGCCAGCGCCUACUCAUCCCCACCACAAUCUAUCGCAUCGAACUUUCCGAUCUCUCCGAAACUCUUUCAACUUCUUCUUCUUCCUCACCCAAAGCCUGGUUGAUCAAGGUUGAAGAAUCCGACUACGGCCGUCUCUGUCUCUUGGACCCUUUCGCGUACAGUAGACUCUCGCACUUCUUUUCGGGGUACCCUACUGACCCUGUCCCUAAGGUGCUGAAUCUGCUGAACUUUCGAUUCGUCGAACUGGUAAAAGCAUAUUCUAUGUCAUUAAUUGGCUCUGGUUUGAGGUUUCCUCUUGCUCAUCGUGAGAUCCGUGGGAAAGUGGUGGCGUUCCCCAAUUUUGCUUGGACCCAGGUAGAGAAUUGCAGGUUCUUCACCGUAAGUAGCGAUGGAGAACUAGGGUUUUCGAAACUUGGUGAUGAUGAAUGGACCCUUGUGGAUUAUAAGAACUUCUAUUACGAUGACAUAAUUGUUCAUAAGGAUCAGCUCUAUGUUGUGGACAGAUGGGGAAUCAUAUACUGGAUUGACUGUUCUUCCCUGAACGUGGUUCAGUUUUCUCCUCCGUUGCGUGGUUUGGGGAAGAAGAAUCAUUUGGUAGAAUCAUGUGGGAGUCUCUAUGUUGUUGAUAUGAACGUUGAAGGUGAUCCCAGCAACAAGAAGAGAAUUAGAUGUGGAAAGUGUAUAAGGGACUGA